UUUUUUUCUCAAGUCUGCACAUAGAAAUUACACAGAACGUGGUGCACACUUUUGCAGCAAUUUCAAAGAAACUUAAUUUUAAUAAGGGAAGUUGUAGUUUCAGAUAGUCGUAACAGUUCGAAGUCAUCCAGUAUGGCGAACGACACCGUAAAUCUGACUGAAAUGUCAGAUGUCAGUGCGAUUUUGAGGUUAUUUGAGGAACAUCAUGUAGCACCAACAUUUGAUCCUGUUCCAUAUCUUUCUAGACUGGCUGAACUUCUGGAAACAGAAACUGAAAAUUACCUAAAAAUGGAUCCAGAUCCUUUUGAUGAUCGUAACCCUUCUAGGAAUCCAAAUUGCAGCUUUGGACACAUGCUUAAAAUCAUAUUCAAGAAGGAAAUUUUUAUGCAAAAAUUAGUUGGAGACUAUUUACGUGACACUUACUGGACCAGAUUAGGCAUUUCUACCAGAGAUUCAAGAGAACUCAAUACAGCUGCAGCUCGUCUUGUUCUAGAUUUAAUGCCAGGCUUAGAAGUAUCUGUGGUGUUUCAAGACACAGAAGGAUUGAUCAACAGACUUUUUAGUUGGGCAGAAAAAGGUCCAGAACCACUUCAAAGCUACGCUACUGGUUUGCUAGCUGCUGCGAUGGAACUACAAGACUUGGCUGCUAACUUUCGUGAGUUAAACGCUCAUCUAGCACCGUUAAUGUUGAAAAGGUUAUGGGAAAUCCAAAAGAGAUGUGCCGAAGAAAAGAAAAAUGACGAACUCGGAAAAAUCAAAAGAUUUUCAAAAUUUUCAAGCGACCAACCGAGUACCUCGAGCAAAACCCCAAAGAAUACGGCGAGUAGUAAGAGUCGAGCAUCUUCCAGUUCAAAGGUCCCAAAGGAUGAAGAUGCUGAAUUAAUGCCUGGACCAGAACCGGCCGAUGGAGCCUCCGAUAAAGGAAAAUUGCCAAAGAAUAACAAAGUAAAGAAAUUUCAAGGCAGGAUUAAAGGUUCCAAAGAGAGAAAAAGUGGAAAUGCAUCUCUGAAUGGAUCAGCUAUGAAUGAUUCUAGCAACUCUUCUUGGGCCGAAAUGGAAUCAUACGUCAUCGGAACGUAUCAAAUGCAUCCAUUGACGGACUCAACUCGGCAAAUCUUAAUCUUGCGAUAUUUAACACCCAUGGGUGAAUAUCAAGAGUUACUAGUUCACAUGUUCGAGCAAAAGGCGCUCGACCUCAUUCUUAACUACAUCGACUUUGACGAGACCCAAGAUUCGCGUUUAUCGUUCGAAGCACUUAAAUAUCUCGGAGCACUGCUUUGUCACAAAAAAUUUGCCAUCGAGUUUAUCCAUCAUCAGGGAUUGCAUCGCUUACUUGAAAUUCCGCGGCCGAGCAUUGCUGCAACUGGAGUUGCCAUGUGUCUUUAUUACAUUGCGUAUUGCGAAGAUGCCAUGGAGCGAGUCUGUCUCUUACCAGAUCACGUCAUUCAAGAGUUAGUCCGAUAUGCUCUUUGGCUACUGGAGUGUUCGCACGAAUCUGGACGUUGUCACGCUACCAUGUUCUUUGGGACAUCGUUUCAGUUCCGCAUUAUUUUGGAGCAGUUUGACGCCCAGGAUGGUCUUCGCCGGUUGUACAAUAUGAUCAGCACUUUGUCAAUACUUUCAAUGGAAGAUGCAAGUGAUUUGUUGGAUGAUGACGAAUCUCAUGCUGCACGCCAAACCGUUCGACACGUCUGUGCGGCGCUUAAACGAUACUUUGAAAUUCAUCUGGCUGGGAAAGUUGAACAUCUUCAACGGAUCAGAGUUCGUGAAAUGGGUGGUUCUCCCCAUCCGUCAACACCUCCCUACAAAGCAAUCAAGCUUAAUGCAGAUCAAAUUAUCGAUCUAAUCACCACUGCUCAAGAACUGCUUCCGUUUCGGGCAAGUUGGUCACCCGUCAAUGAAUUUGUUAGCCUCGGGGGUAUCCCUCUGCUUCUACAAGUUAUUGCAAUAUCCUACCUAUGGAAUUUUACUGGACGUGCCGAGACUGUUCGCAGCGCUUUGGAUGUUUUAGCCGUUUGUUCUGUUUCUUUCAGAGUUCAGAUGCUAUUUUGUGAUCGUAUUCAAAUUCCGGAUGACGCUAAUGCUGUAGGCAUCAAUAUUCUACUUGGUGCAGCUGAAGGAGACAUUGUAGCUGACCCCGAAGUUCAGCGUGCCGCUCUUUGCGUACUCAUUCACUGCGUUUGUGCUCCCGUCCAUCGAGUUGGAGGUUCUGUCGGUAGAUUUAAUGGCAGUGCCAAAAGACGCAGCGUGGCUAGUCGAACGAGCGAAGAGGUUCUCAACCAAGUUUGGGAGUGUGUACGAUCCCACAAUGGAAUCAUGGUGUUAAUGGACCUUCUAUCUGUUAAAACACCCAUUACGGAUGCUGACUCGAUUCGCGCUUUAGCCUGUAAGGCUUUGUUAGGUCUUGCACGCAGCGAAAAUGCUCGCCAAAUCAUGGGUAAACUACCCUUGUUCACCAGCGGCCAAUUGCAGGUUCUCAUGAGAGAACCAGUGUUGCAAGAUAAACGUCAAGAGCACGUCAAGUUCCAGAAAUUUGGAUUGGAAUUGUUGGAACAAGUCUCCGGUCGAAUUAAGUCCAAUGUCAACGAAUUUGAGUUAUCCUUAGCCAAGAUACACAAAGCAGAUGUGGUUGCACAGACGCGUAUCCAGUUUAACGAAAAGCAGUUACUGCAGUUGAUCCACCAGCAUCUGUUAAGCAAGAACAUGGUUGAAUCUGCUUCAAUAUUAAUGAAAGAAGCUGGACUCCCUCCACUUCCUCUAAAGCAAGCCAGCUCUAACUUCCCGCCUUAUCGAGCUACCGGAAAUACUCCCUCUACUCCAAGCAGGACCGGACGUGUUAACUCACAAGGAGCUGUAGCACUUCCUAGUACUCCAGUUGCAGUCCCCUCGACAUCCACACCGACGCAACAAAUGGGAAUAAUUAAAGUGAAUUUGUCUAGCAGUAGGCGUUUGAGACCAGGAAUGCCUUCACCUGGCCCUCAACCGGGUGUUAAUUCUCAGCACAGGGCUUUGCAAAAAGUCACUAACUGGGAUUCGCCAACCACUAUGAACAAAUCACUCGGAGCUGCUAACGUCAGUACUGGUGAAACAUCUCGUGGCGUGUCGUUAGACGCAAUUGUCACUGAGUACUUGAUGAAUCAGCAUGCUCUGUGUAAGACACCGAUGGUGACUUGUCCACAGUUUGACCUUUUCCAACCCCACAAAUGUCCAGAUGCUAAAUCAAAGAACACGGCUCCAGCAAACUUCGCAUUAAGAGUUCAAAAGCGAGCCAUCCAUCCUCGGUUUGGUGGUCUCGAUGGAGCCAGAAUGGACCGCAAAUUGGUUUACUCUCGCUUCCGACCUGUUAGAACGUUUCGUAAUGACUCUGAAACGUUUACUUGCUGCGCUUUUUCACCGUGUGAGCAAUUUCUUAUGAUCGGGAACCAAACGGGCGAGUUGAAGCUAUACAAUGUCAACACAGCUGUAGAAGAAGCAACAUACCAAUGCCAUGAAAACUAUCUUUUCAACAUUGAACCAAACUGGACUGGUGACCUUUUACUAACGUCAGGAAUGUACCGACCCCCUUAUUCAUGCCUGUGGGCUGUCGGUGACUUUUUCGACAUGAAGUACUCCUUUGAGGAGGAAGAAUACGUCGAAUUUAGUAAGACAGUUCAAGAUAAAAUUGUUGGGACUAAAGGCGAAACUGCCACUGUAUAUGAUGUGGCCACUGGUAAGAAAUUGUUAAGCCUUACUCCCACAACGUCCAACAACUAUUCAAAGAACCGUGCCACCUUUCAUCCUAGCGAUGAGUUGAUUCUUUCUGACGGUGUUUUAUGGGACGCCGUAUCAGGGACACAAAUUCACAAGUUUGAUAAGCUUAAUCAGUCGCUUAGUGGAACUUUUCAUCCCAACGGAUUGGAAAUCAUCUCAAGUUCAGAAGUUUGGGACAUCAGAACAUAUCAUUUACUACGAACCGUUCCAACCCUUGAUCAGUGUCAAGUCACAUUUUCAGCUUCCGGUGACGUCAUUUACGCAGUUCAUUUGGAAGAAGAGAGUAGAGAAGAACCGAUGUACGAUUCCUCUUUCAAGACAUUAGACGCCGGCGAUUACUCCUCUAUUGCUACGAUCGACGUCAAACGGUGUAUCUAUGGACUGUGUUCCAACAAAUAUGACACACAAAUAGCCGUUGUGGAGAACUCGAGAGAGUUUAACACUCCAAGCGAAUCGAUCGUCCGGCUGUACGACGUGGGCAGGCUACGUGAUGAUGAAGACGUCGGAUCAGAAGUGGAGGAAGAGGAAGGAGAUGACGAUGGAGGUGCAUCUGAAAAUUCGGACGACGAUUUAGAAAUGCUUGAUGAACUGGUUAACGGCGGAGGUGAUGAAGAUGGUAUCGACGUGGAUAUUGAUUCUAGCGAUUCAUCGGACGACGGACAAUUUGGUGAUUCAGACGAUGAUGACGACGACGAUGAUGAUGACUCCAAUUCAUAUUUUGGUUCCUCAGAUGAAUUCGAUGAGGAACUGUUUUCUUUGAACGCUGACAGUAACAGCAGUGGUAGUAGUUCAACGUGAGCAGAGCACAAGUCAUUCUGGGUUGUAAGCUUCUAACUAAUACAUUGUCUAUUGUUUUCAA